AAUAUUUGACAGCGCUUUGGUAGACCGUAAACAACACACGAAGACGCGGGGAAGCGGGAACCAGGCGCUGUGGAGGAUUUAAACGACCCAGACGGACAUUUAAAGCAGAUUUGGUUUUGUUAUGGAAGCGUUGUGCUUGAGGCAUGUAAAUGAAUUCUGCGUUUGGAAGCAGUGUGACGUUGAAGAAGAGAACCGCAGCCCGGCUCGGGCCCGACCCCUGGGACACCUGUGAACAGGAGGCGCUUCAUCAUCCUCACCCUCACGCGCGUUCCCACCCGCGUCUCGCGCUGCUCUCUCCACUGCUGGCUCUCUGUUCAGCACUCGGGGUUGUGAUCUCACACCUUUGUGCACUGGUAGCCUGGCUGGUCAAGCCGUUCUCCCGCACCAUGGCUGCUAAAGCCCAGGAUCCGGACUGCGAUGCCACGGGGGACCUGAUCAAGAAGCACCACAAGCAGGCGUUUGAGUUCAUCUCCGAGGCUCUGCGCAUCGACGAGGACGAACAAGGACCCAAGCACCAGGCGGUGCAGUGGUACCGUAAGGGCAUCGCGGAGCUGGAGAGAGGCAUCCGCAUCGAGGUCACAGGCACCGGCGAGAAAGAAGAGCGAGCCAGACGACUCCAGGAUAAAAUGAAGAAGAACCUGAUUAUGGCCAAAGACCGUCUGCAGCUAUUAGUGGGUGUCGGAGAAGCCGGGCUGAGCUCAGACCCCUCGCGAGCUGUACACACUGGCGCCGUUACUCCGCCUCACUCCAACGGCAGUCUCCGCCCAGGCAGCAGUGCUGUACCUAAGAAGACAGACUCCUCUUCAUCUACGUCGAAGGUGAAGCCUGCCCGGCCUCCCAGUGCCACACAGCGCUCAUUCAGCUUCACAGCCCCACCUGCAGGUCAAACAGCAUCGCAAUCCAACCACAAGACUCCAGCAGGUCGCAGUACUCCCAGAGUGAACACUAAAGCUGCUCCUUCCUCCACUCCACAGAGAAAAAAAGACAUGAAGAACUUUAAAAACGUAGACAGCAAACUGGCCAACCUCAUCCUUAAUGAGAUCGUGGACAGUGGCUCGACAGUGAGGUUUGAUGAUGUAGCAGGUCAGGACUUGGCCAAACAGGCGUUGCAGGAGAUUGUGAUCCUGCCAGCACUGCGGCCUGAGUUGUUUACAGGGCUGAGAGCUCCAGCGAGAGGACUGCUGCUGUUCGGGCCUCCAGGGAACGGGAAGACCAUGCUGGCUAAAGCCGUUGCCAUGGAAUCCAACGCCACCUUCUUCAACAUCAGUGCUGCCAGUCUGACCUCCAAAUACGUUGGUGAAAAUGAGAAACUGGUACGUGCUCUGUUUGCUGUUGCUCGAGAACUGCAGCCGUCAAUCAUCUUUAUUGAUGAAAUAGACAGUCUCCUGUGUGAAAGGAGAGAAGGAGAGCACGAUGCCAGUAGAAGACUGAAGACUGAGUUCCUCAUUGAAUUUGAUGGGGUACAGUCAGGAGGAGAUGACCGGGUGCUGGUGAUGGGAGCCACAAACCGUCCUCAGGAAUUGGACGAGGCUGUGCUCAGGCGCUUUGCGAAGAGGAUUUACGUGACCUUGCCCUCAGAGGAGACUCGGCUGAAGCUGCUGAAGAACCUUCUGAGUAAACAUGGCAACCCACUGACAGCAAAAGAGCUGAACCAGCUAGCCAGGGUGACCGAUGGUUACUCAGGCAGUGAUCUGACCUCCUUGGCUAAAGAUGCAGCACUCGGACCCAUACGAGAGCUUCGUCCAGAACAAGUGAAGAACAUGGCAGUGAACGAGAUGAGGAACAUCCGUUACUCAGAUUUCGUUGAGUCUUUGAAGAAGAUCAAGAAGACGGUCAGUUCUCAAACUCUAGAGCAGUACGUACGCUGGAACCAGGAGUAUGGAGACACCACUGUAUGACACACACACACACACACACAAGCACUCCUCCUCAUGUGACCUCUGGACUGUGACCUGAGACAUUACUGGUCCUUCUUGAAUCUUCUCACACUGUUUACCCUUUUGGAGAGCAGACACUCUGACAGCUUGUCCUUGAUGCUUAUGAUUUAGGAGACGUCACUCAUGAGGACCUGUUUGAUUUACAGAUUAUCGUUUGGUUAAUUGAUGUGUUAGAUUACCAGAAGAAAAACAGCGUCCACGCGUCUUUUUUCACGGUAUUUUUGUUGUCUCAGUGCAUGAUCAAACCUUAAUGCUAAAGAUCCGGCCCAAGCGGGACUGCACAGGAGUUUUAGUUUCGGUUAAUUCUCCACCAACACGAACGAUGACUGGAACAGUCACACUGACAUCAUCUGCACAUGCUGUUGAGCUGAAAUGUGGAAAAGGUAGAAAGGCUCAGCGGUUUCAUUAACGCCAAGACAAAACACUCCACUAUGACAAAAUAACAUUCAUUUAAUUGUGUUUAUUCUAAAAUAAAUAAAAACGAUCUUAAUUAAAAAAAAAUCCAAAACUUUGAAAUACAAACCUGCAUAUUUAACAAAUAUUAACUUGUGUAAUUUUUUUC